CGUUGAGUGACUCAAGCCUGAUGGAUGUGGCCAGGCCCUCCUCAAGUGGCCAAACCCAGGAGAUGAAGACGUUGAGUGAAUCAAGCCUGAUGGAUGUGGCCUUCCCCGAAUGAGGCAGCAGCGUUUGUGGACAGGCACAGAGCAGAGCUCAUUGGCAGAGUGAGUAAUGUGAUGCCCAUCGCAGAUGUGCUGCUCUCCAAGGGACUGGUCCACCCUGAGAAGUAUUCAGAGAUCAAAGCAGCUCCCACCAAUGAGGCAAAGAUGCGAGAGAUCUAUGAGUGUCUGCGCUCAGCUGGAGCUGAGGGGAAAGCAGCCUUCUAUGGAGUUCUACUGCAGGAGGAGCCCCACCUGCUCAAAGACCUGAGUACACCUGCAUUAUAAACUAGACUAUACCUGCAUUUGUAGCAUGACCUGCUUUAAAGACUGAAUAAAGUCUUUCUCUCACACACAGAGACCAGACACAUACAGAUGUUACCACAGAGAUCAGACACAUACAGAUGUUACCAUAGAGACCAGACACAUACAGAUGUUACCACAGAGACCAGACACAUACAAAUGUUACCACAGAGACCAGACACAUACAGAUGUUACCAUAGAGAUCAGACACAUACAGAUGUUACCAUAGAGAUCAGACACAUACAGAUGUUACUCUCUCACACACAGAGACCAGACACAUACAGAGACAAGUGAUGGUUUUAGCUAUUGGUAUAGAUAUACAUUGGUAUAUAUAUAUUGGGGAUUUUGUUUGUGACUUAAAGGGAUACUCCACCAUUUGGGGAAAUACAUUCAUUUCCCACCUCCCCUCGAGCUAAACAAUUGAGUUUUACCUUUCCCCAGUUCAUCCAGCCGUUCUCUGAGUCUGGCAGUAGCACUUUUAGCUCC